AUGUCGACAACCGCUGAUAAGAUCAAAGCAAUUGAGGAUGAGAUGGCCAAGACGCAAAAGAACAAGGCAACGAGUUUCCAUCUCGGUCAACUUAAAGCAAAGCUCGCCAAGCUCAAGAGAGAGUUGUUAACCCCUACGUCAAGUGGUGGAGGAGCAGGUGUAGGAUUCGAUGUAGCACGUACGGGUGUCGCCAGUGUUGGAUUUAUAGGAUUUCCGUCGGUGGGAAAGAGUACAUUGAUGAGCAAACUUACCGGACAACACUCGGAGGCUGCCGCAUACGAAUUCACGACCUUAACGACAGUACCCGGUCAGAUCUUAUAUAAUGGAGCCAAGAUACAAAUUCUGGAUCUUCCAGGUAUUAUUCAAGGAGCAAAGGAUGGAAAGGGUAGAGGUCGACAAGUCAUUGCGGUCGCUAAGACCUGCCAUCUGAUUUUCAUCGUACUGGAUGUCAAUAAGCCCUUGACGGAUAAGAAGAUUAUCGAAGACGAACUGGAAGGAUUUGGUAUUCGAAUCAACAAAUCACCACCAAAUAUCGUGUUUAAGAAAAAGGAUAAGGGUGGAAUCAAUAUCACCAAUACUGUGCCGAUGACACAUAUUGAUCAUGAUGAGAUCAAGGCUGUCAUGAAUGAGUACAAAAUAUCGUCGGCAGAUAUCGCCAUUCGUUGUGAUGCAACUAUCGACGAUCUAAUAGACGUACUAGAGGCCAAAGGACGAAGUUAUAUUCCUGUCAUUUAUGCAUUGAACAAAAUCGAUGCUAUUUCGAUAGAGGAACUUGAUUUGCUUUACAGAAUUCCUAACGCAUGUCCCAUUUCGUCUGAGCACGGGUGGAACGUUGAUGAACUGUUAGAACAGAUGUGGGAGAAACUCAACCUUGUCAGAUGUAACGCAAUCCAUAAGACUAUUGUGGAUGAUUUCCGCGUAGCUAUUGUUUAUGGAAAAUCCGUCAAGCAUCAACCACAACGUGUAGGCCUUAGUCACGAACUAGCGGAUGAAGAUAUUAUUACUAUUGUCAAACGAUAA